GAUGCUAUAGAGCAUAGUUUGAAGCUCCAGCCCAGAAUAUAGCACUUUGGUAUUAUAUCUGAAUAAAUGGAGCAAAAGGAGGUUGAGAGUUGGAAAAAAAUGGUCGGGAAGAUGCUUCCGCAUGGUGCCUCGCUCCCUGAAGAUUCAUUAGAGCUUGAUUACUCUAUAGCAAUGGAGUAUAAGGGUCCUCCAGUUGGUUAUGAAGUACCUAGAGUUGAGCCUCUUGAUGUACAUUCACAGGCCAUCCCUAUUGCAGAAGCACUAUCACAGUCCCGAAGGUCAGCUGCUAAUACCGCUUCCCCAAUUGUUGAGCCAAUCCCCUUGCCAGUGUCUUAUAUUGCUGGUGUCACGGGUCCGCAUACUCAGAGUCCAAGGGUUUCAGCAAGCUCCGAGUCCGUAAUGUCUGUGUUGCAAAAUCCAGAUUUUUCUUCAGCUUCUCCCAGCUCUGUUGGCAAUCCUCCUGAAGGAGUUGUUAACGAAGGGAAGAGAGUUCCAGUUGUCACAUUCAGUACUGUUGAAAAAUCAGAGAGGAAAGAUGUUGAUAUGGAUAAGAGAGUUUUUCCUGAAUAUGUUGGUGUUUCAACAGAGAAGAAGAAGAAGAAAAGAGUUUGUUAUCGUUGUGGUAAGAGAAAAUGGGAAACGAAGGAAUCUUGCCUGGUUUGUGACGCUAAGUAUUGCAGCAACUGUGUGCUUAGGGCAAUGGGAUCGAUGCCUGAAGGACGAAAAUGUGUGACAUGCAUUGGCCAGCCAAUUGAUGAAUCAAAGCGGUUAAUGUUAGGUAAACAUUCUAGGCUCUUGUCUCGAUUACUCAGUCCAUUGGAGGUAAAGCAGAUUAUGAAAGCGGAGAAAGAAUGUUCUGCUAAUCAGCUCCGGCCGGAGCAGGUAAUUGUGAAUGGAUAUCCACUGAAGCCUGAAGAGAUGGCUGAAUUACUUGGAUGCCCUUUACCUCCUACAAAGUUGAAGCCUGGAAGAUACUGGUAUGACAAGGAAUCUGGUCUCUGGGGAAAGGAAGGAGAAAAACCAGAUCAGAUCAUUAGUUCCAACCUAAACUUCACAGGCAAGCUUAAUGCUGAUGCAAGCAAUGGCAAUACUGAAGUCUAUAUCAAUGGAAGGGAAAUUACAAAACUUGAACUAAGGGUGCUAAAGUUGGCAAAUGUGCAGUGUCCUCGUGACACUCAUUUUUGGGUCUAUGAUGAUGGUCGUUACGAGGAAGAAGGUCAAAAUAACAUUAGAGGAAACAUCUGGGAAAAGGCAUCAACUCGUUUUGUCUGUACCUUGUUUUCUUUGCCUGUGCCCCACGGUCAGCCUCAUCGAGAAAGAGAGGAGACUAGCAAUUAUACUACUGUUCCAAAUUACCUAGAGCAAAAACGAACCCAAAAGCUUCUUCUCCUCGGGCUUCAAGGCUCUGGAACAAGCACCAUCUUCAAGCAGGCAAAAUUUUUGUACGGAAACGGGUUUUCUGCAGAAGAACUGCAGAAUCUGAAGUUGAUGAUCCAGAGCAAUAUGUACAGGUAUCUUAGCAUAUUACUGGAUGCGCGGGAGCGGUUUGAGGAGGAAGCAUUGUCUGGAAUACAACUAGCUGCUGCUGAUCAAAACUCUGAAGCUGGAGGGGAGGUUGAUUCUGGUGAAAUGAACCAGUGCAUUUAUUCAAUCAACCCGAGACUAAAGCAUUUUGCUGACUGGCUUCUGGACAUUAUAGCCACUGGAGAUUUGGAUGCAUUUUUCCCUGCGGCAACACGUGAGUAUGCUCCAUUAGUCGAGGAGUUGUGGAAAGAUCCUGCUAUACAGCAAACAUAUAAAAGAAAAGAUGAGCUUCACUUUCUUCCGGAUGUUACGGAGUACUUCUUAAGCAGGGCUGUUGAGGUGUCGAGCAAUGAAUAUGAACCUACUGAUCGUGACAUUCUUUAUGGUGAAGGGGUCACCCAAGGGAAUGGCUUGGCUUUCAUAGAGUUUUCGCUUGAUGAUCGUAGUCCAAUGUCCGAAACCUACACAGACAAUUUGGAAGCUCCCUCCCAGCCCUUAACCAAGUAUCAACUGAUAAGGGUAAAUGCAAAGGGGAUUAAUGAAGGAUGCAAGUGGGUGGAAAUGUUUGAAGAUGUGCGGGUGGUAGUCUUCUGCGUUGCCCUUAGUGAUUAUGAUUUAAUGUCGAUAGCACCAGAUAGCAGCGGCAGUGGAUCACUGCUUCAAAAUAGGAUGAUGCAGACCAAGGAGCUAUUUGAAACGAUGAUAAGGCACCCUUGCUUUAAGGACACCCCUUUUGUGUUGAUACUAAACAAGUAUGAUCUGUUUGAGGACAAGGUGAAUCGGGUGCCUUUAAGCACUUGCGAGUGGUUCAGUGAUUUCAAUUCAGUGAGACAAGUCCAUAGUCACCAGUCUCUGGCUCAACAGGCUUAUUUUUACGUUGCGUUGAAGUUCAAGGAUCUUUAUGCUUCCCUCACUGAACAGAAGCUUUUCGUGUCGCAAGCCAGGGCAAGGGACCACCGGAUAACAAUCGAUGAAGCAUUUAAAUAUGUAAGAGAGGUUCUCAAAUGGGAAGAGGAGAAAGAUGAAAACUACGGUGGGAUAGAAGACUCGUUCUACAGCACAGAUUCUCAAAUGCGUCAAGAGUGACUGCAUUCGGAAUUUGCUUGUAUUCUUUAAAAUAUAAACAAGGUUGUAGUCUGUAGGAGUCUUGUUGAUGAAUCGAAU